AGCUCGAUGAUAACACAUGAGCGGUACGCCAGCUGACAACAGGAUGAUUUAAAAUCAGUCGGGAAUUAUACUACAGGUCACUGAGAAGCAAACCAGCAGAUGCAGUAGACGGCUGGCGCCAUGGCCUCAGAUGCAAGUCACAUGUUAGAAGCAGCCUUGGAACAAAUGGAUGAUAUUAUUGCUGGUUCCAAGGCUGCAGUGGGGUUCAGUAACGGGCUGUAUGAUCUGGGCUCUCCUGUGAGCGUCGGGCCCCUGCCGGUUCUCAAGCUGGCUGAGGAGCUGAGACUGGCACUGGAGCUGCAGGCCGGGGACAAGGACCGCAACUCCCUGCGCUCCCAGCUGCCCUGCACCACCGCACAGACCCUCACUGAGUGGCUAGAGAAAGGACCGGUUAACCUCCAGUGCUCAAGCAACAAUGAGACCUAUCAAGAGCGGCUGGCGAGAUUAGAAGGGGACAAAGAGUCUCUGGUUCUCCAGGUGAGUGUUCUCACUGACCAGGUUGAAGCUCAAGGAGAAAACAUUAGAGAUCUGGAAAGUUCCCUGGAAGAACACCACCACAAACUCAUUUCUACUGAGGAAAUGCUCCAACAGGAGCUCCUCAGCCGAACCUCACUGGAGACACAGAAACUGGAACUCAUGGAUGAAGUUUCCUAUCUGAAACUCAAGCUAGUCGGCAUGGAGGAGGAACACAACCACAUUGAUGAACAGGAGCAACAUCAUAAAGCCGAGAAUGUGGUUAAUCUAAUUAGUGAACUACAGGAGCAGAUGUGUAAAUUCCAGGAGGAAAUCAGCAAUCGCAUCCAGGAGCAGCGAGCCCUGGAGAGCCUGGGGGACAGUGGCACACGCGAGGCUCUCGACCAGAGCCCCGAUGUGGGCCUUGGUGCCUCUGAUGCUGAGGAAUGCAGCUGCUGCUGUAGAAGUGGAGGAGAGAAUGCUUUGUUACAAGAGCUUCGCCUUCUUAAGAGCAAAGUUGAAGAACUGGAGGGUGAGAAAUCACAAUAUGAAAGGAAGCUCAAAGCCACUAAGCUUUCUAUCACCUAUUCCCUCCAUGUCUGUUACCAGUCGCUCAUGACCAAGCUUUCUACACUGAAGCUCACGGUCGAGCACACUCAGGUAGAACGACAGCAUUGGGAGGAGCGCUGUCGGACAGCUCAGACUGAGAUUGCCAAACUCCAGCAGCUGCUUGCUACGAAGAAUGCUGAAAUCGAGUGUCUACAGAAUCAGCUUCUGUCCCGAGGAACCAUCAACAAUGACAUCACAGAGAGAGCGAGAGAUCAAGAGCUGCAGAGGUUAAAAACUGGAAUGGAGACGCUAAUAGCUGCCAAUAAUGAAAAGGAUCGACACAUAGAGGAACUCCAUCUUCUGUUGGUCCAAUACAGAAAAUUGAAGGACAGCGUGGCCCUUUCUCCAGUGACCAACGAUAUGUUGCUGUCUGGCAGCAGUGAAGAAGAUCUUAAUGGCACUCGAAAAAUAAGAGGCCCGACGCAUAAAGCAUACUCUGACAUUGUCAGAUCAGAGCUACAGAUGUCUUCCCGAGGCCCGUCACCACUCCUGGUCUCUCCUCCGUGUUUACAGAGGGAACUGGACUCCAGCUUUCGCAGUAUACAGCCCUCCAUGGAGACCUCGAUGGUAUGCAUUGGCGACUUGGGCUUUUACAGCAGACAAUGGUCAAUGCCACGGAUGCUGUCCACCAGCUUGGAAGAACUCCAAAGUGGAAGCUUACAGAUGCAUGUAGUGGGCCAACCAGUAGAGGCUGUUUUAGAGAACCGAUAUAAUCCUGAAAAUAACAAAUACCAGACACUUCCGGGCAAGUUUAGUCGUCCAGAGCAGAAUGGAGUGAGAUUGCAGCCGUCUUCCCCACUGCAACUGUCUCCUGAUGAAAGUGAGGACAGCGAAUUCAACCUGAAUCGCUGCCGAAGCGCCAGUGCUCCAGCUUUAGUACCACGGGGAAAGCAUGAUCAGUUUGUGCUUGGAAAGGCAGAGAAGACAGAUGACUCGACCUUGUCUGACCUUUCACCCAUGUCGUCUGGAGUAGAAUCAGGUCAGCAGUCUCCUGUUUCACCAGAGCACAAGAAGAACCAGAAAGGCAUUCUAAAACUGUGGGGAAAGAUCAGGAGAACCCAGUCAGGCAGUCUUCCUGCAGACGGUUCUGAUUCUGACUUCAAGCGAGGGGGUUUCAGGGCCACAGCCGGCCCUCGACUCACCUGCUUGGGCACCAGAGUCUCAGCACGACAAGCUGACCUGGCAGAAUACGCUCCCAACCUGAGAGGCAGCGGAGUGCAUGGAGGACUCAUAAUCUUGGAACCUCGUUUUAACUCAGACACACUGGCGAUGCUCCUGAACAUCCCCCCUCAGAAGACUCUGCUGAGGAGGCAUCUGGCCACUAAUUUCAACAUGCUGGUGGGCUCUCAGGCUCAGUGGGAGAAACAAGAGUACCUGGAAUCAUCAGGCUACACGCCGCUAACCACCACCGCUAAAGUCCGGCCACGUAAAAUAGGUUUCUCCAGUUUUGGCCACCGUAAGAAGCGCACUCACGACUCCACUGACUACAUCUGCCCUCUGGAUGCUUCACAAGCCCAGGCCCUGCUCAAUGGGGCCAACUGGCCCUACAGCGGCUUCAGGGGCCUGAGCCCCAUCUUUGACAGGGACCCAGAGAGACAGGAGCAGGUGGGAGCUCUACAGAUCUGAUGCUCUGCUAGCCGUCACCGCUGAGCUUGCAGCCAAUAACCCUCCACCCAUAUCCCACAAAACCCAUGACAAGUUCACAACGACACCUGUGCCAUUUUAUAACAUCCCAACAUCCCUCAUUGACGGACACAAGACAGCAGUAUGGACACUGCAGGAAGACAUGGAUCCAAGGGUUUAGUAAUGUAAAUGACAUCAUCUCACAAAGGCAGCAGGGUUUAAGAGAACGCUUUUCCCAGAAUAGUGCCAUUUAUCCUGUGAUGGACAGUCGGAUACAUUUGACUAUAUAAUUUUUCUGUGAAUCGUAAAAAAAAAUGUAUUAUGAGAUUUAUCUAACAAGUAUUCCAUUUUUGUAACCUAACAUCUACUUUGUGCUGUUUUAAAAGACAGUGUGUACAAUUUUGUGCAACAUUUGCAUAUUUUAGGGAUUAAUUUAAUGGUAUAUUUAUGGUGAAUUUUUAAAAAGCAUACAGACUACUAUUAAAUGUUCAGCAGCACAUUUUAAAUAAUCAGACGAGGUUAUUUUCAUACAAUAAACUGCACAGGAGUAUUUUUACAGGUAGAAAUCUUGCCUCUUCAGUCGAAGAUACUGUAACGAUAUAUAACCCAAAAUAUCGUUACAUAAUCAAUAAACCUCCUCAAUCACAGUGAUAUUUGUUUUGUUUGUUAACACACAGAAUAGCUAUAUCCCCCCCCUUUAUUUUAUCAUUGUCCUUUUUUUUUUCUUGAUGAAUGUUUUCUUGGCUGUAUAUGAUUUCAAAAAUAAAUCAUCUUGCAACACAUGUUUAA